ACGUCAAAGUUGCUCGUAAACAAAUGUUUAUGUUUCAAAAGAAAACAGAUAUUACGUCGAAAACUAUCUUCUUAGUUAUACUUCCUAGUGAAUAAAUUCACGAAUCAUAAUUGAAUUUAUUAAUUAGGAUUAACAAAGUGUUAAUUAAAAUUACAUUGAUAGACAAUCAUAUUUACUGCUUACUACUUGAUAAAGGAAAUCGAAAGAGAUCCGUUAUGAAAUUAAAAUAUCUCAAUAUUUUCUUAUCGAAGAAGUUUAGACAAUUAGGAUUAUGUGUUGGUAAUAAUCCUUCUUACUUUAUCGUCAUUCCGGUGAUUGUAUCCGUGGUAUUAGCUACGGGUCUUCACAAGUGGCACGAAGAAAGGAAUGUGAAAUAUUUAAUUGCACCCAAAAAUACCAGACACGUUACUGAAGAAGCCUCAAUAGAAAGAUUAUUUCCAAUGAAUCUAUCUUCCGAAGCACACAUGGAAAGAAUGAACAGAGAACCAAACGUAGCAGUAGUUUUAGUUAAAGCAAAAGAUGAAGGAUCCGUGCUUCGAAGAGACGUAUUUCAAGAAAUUAUUCAACUGGAUAAAACUGUUCAAAAUAUAAAAACUGCAGAGAAUUUUACAUAUAAAGAUUUAUGCGCAAGAAAUAACAAGAGAUGCUUCGAGAAUUCUAUUUUAUUAAUGCAAAACGAAAUCGAAAUGAUGGAAAACAACAAUUAUUCCAUCAAAUACCCUUUAAGCAAGAAAGAUAAAUACGAUUUUCAAUUAACGAGUCUAUUUUUAGGAGGAGUCGAAAAAAAUGCAGACGAUUACGUUGAAAGUGCUAAAGUAUUGCGACUCGUUUAUUACUUUAACGACUAUUCGAAACUUGAAAGAAGGAAAGUGGACGAAUGGCAAAAUCUGUUUUUAGAUCUUAUUGAAUCGAGUAAUUUUCAGUACAUAAUCGUCGAUCGAUACACAUCGAUUACAAUUGAACAAGAGUUAUCAGCUGUCGUCAGACGAAUAUUUCCUUGAAUACCGAUUGCAAUGUUAGCAAUAGCAAUCUUUUCAAUGCUGACCUGUUUGUAUAACAGUUGGAUCGAAAGCAAACCUUGGACUGGAAUAAUUGCGUUAACAUCGGGAGGAAUGUCUUUGGCUUCGUCAUUUGGAUUGAUUAUGUAU